UCCCGUCUGGAGAAACCGCGUUUUCUCCACAGGAGGUUUCCAUAUAUCGCAUCCCCAUUCCAAUCCCAUUUCAUUUGAUUUCAAAGCCCCAGCUUCCUCUAUGGUCGGUCUUCUAGAGGCGGAACGAAAUUUUCAUAGGAAAUAAGCUAAUAUAAAACGCGUCCUCCGUCCUUCCUCCUCUUUCCAUCCCUGCUUCCUUGUCAAGAAAACCGCUACUACCUCUCUCUUUGCCUUCUAUUCUUCCAAUCUCUUCCUUGCUGUAUCCGGACGGAUCUCGGAGUAGGCUAUUAGUUUCAUGGGAAGGCUCUAGAAAUGACUUCUCCUUAUAGUACAGUUCCCCCCUUCUUGGUUCUCCUCCUGUGCUCCCUUCUCCUCCCGUAUCCCACUUCAGCUUCUCUCUUCAACUGGAGCAGCUCGGCGACAUCCCAUGGCUCUCCCCUCCCCGGCAUCGAAUUGCCGACCCUCCUCAGCUUCAACGCCGUCACCUCUUCCGACAAGUCAAGCUGCAAUCACCCCCUCGAUGCCGCCGGCCCUUCCGAAGCGAAGGGUCAAUACCGCCACGAUGACCCCGUCUACAGCGACGAUGAAGACGACGACGACGCCGUGCCGGCCUCUUCGGCCUUGAAGCUCCAUCUCAAGCACCGGUUCGCGAAGGUCCCCGGUGCCGCCGAGUGGACUAGAAAAGAAUCUCUGGUCAACUCCACCCACAGAGACCUUUCAAGAAUCCACACGCUUCUCAUGAGGAGGCUUGUAGAGCAGGAGGAGGAGCAGAACACCGUGUCCCGCCUUAGGACGACCGCGGGCAAGACCGAUAACCGCUCGGUCACCUCCGAGUUGAUGGAAAAGGGGGCAGCUUCGGCGCAGCCGGAGCUUGCUGGGCGGCUGAUGGCCACCCUGGAAUCCGGCGUCACCCUCGGCGCCGGCGAGUACUUCAUCGACGUAUUCGUCGGCACGCCGCCGCGGCACUUCUCCCUGAUCCUCGACACGGGCAGCGACCUGAACUGGAUCCAAUGCCUCCCGUGCCAUGACUGCUUCGAGCAGCACGGUCCCGUCUACGACCCCACCGCCUCCUCCACCUACCACAACGUCAGCUGCGGCGAUCCCCGCUGCGGCCUCGUCUCGCAGCCGUGGCCCUGCCGCUCCGGCGACCGGUCCUGCCCCUACUUCUACUGGUAUGGCGACCAUUCCAACACCACCGGCGACCUCGCCCUGGAGACGUUCACCGUCAACCUCACCGCCGCGGACGGCACCGCCACCGAGUUCCGCCGCGUGGACAACGUCAUUUUCGGGUGCGGCCACUGGAACCGGGGGCUCUUCCACGGUGCCGCCGGCCUCCUGGGCCUCGGCCGCGGGCCCCUCUCUUUCUCCUCCCAGCUCCGCUCCCUCUACGGCCACACCUUCUCCUACUGCCUCGUCGACCGCAACAGCGACCUCAGCGUCUCCAGCAAGCUCAUCUUCGGUGAGGACCGCAACCUCCUCGCCCACCCCGAUCUCAACUACACCUCCUUCGUCAACACCACCGCUAAGGAGGACAACACGGCCGACACCUUCUACUACGUCCGGAUAAAGGAGAUAGUCGUCGGCCGGGAGGUGCUAAACAUCCCUCCAGAGACGUGGGAAUUGUCGCCGGAGGGGGCGGGCGGAACCAUCGUGGACUCCGGCACGACGCUGAGCUACUUCGCGAACCCGGCCUACCAAGCGAUAAAGGAGGCCUUCGUCAAGAAGGUGAACAAUAAGUAUCCGGUGGUGGAGGACUUUCCGAUACUCAGUCCUUGCUACAAUGUGUCGGGUGUCGACAAAGUGGAGCUGCCGGAGUUCGCGAUCCGGUUCGCGGACGGGGCGGUGUGGAACUUCCCGGUGGAGAAUUACUUCAUCCGGCUGGAUCCGGAGGAGAUCGUCUGCCUCGCCAUCCUCGGCACGCCGAGCUCGCCGCUGUCGAUACUGGGUAAUUAUCAGCAGCAGAAUUUCCACAUCAUGUAUGAUAUGAAGAAGUUCCGGUUGGGGUUUGCGCCGAUGAGGUGUGCUCAAGUGUAGCUUCUCUGCACUAUUAGUAACGGUCCUCACAUUGGCUUUCUGGAGGUCGACAGAGAGAUAGAUUAAGGAUGAUAAUUAGACUCUUGAGAAUUUUGGGACUUUGAGGGAGGUGAUGGGAAUUGUUUUUACCUCCCCAAGAAGAGGUAAAGCUAUACGUUAUGUCAUAUUCUUUUCUUUUGUUUUUUUUUCUCCUCACCUUUUUUUUUUUUUGAAUUUUCGUGUGCUUUUGUAAUGGUCGAUUAAGAUGCUGAUACACUUGUUGUACAGAAACAAACACGGUUUGGUUUAUGGGAAUCAAUAACUUCAACUCCCUUUGGAUAAAUGUGAGAAAGAAAGUUCAAGACUUCUAUAAUUUUUCUUCGAGUUUCUUCUAUCUAGCUUUAUUGGCUGUGUCUAAAAUUCCUGAAAAAUUCACAAGCAUUUGAAAUGAGCAAGUAAUUAUUCA